AUGACCUACAACGUCUGGUCCCGGGAGGAUGUGGCCGUCUACAAGAGGAUGGAGGCCAUCAGCGGCCUCGUGGAGAAGCAUGAUCCUGACGUGAUUUUCUUCCAGAGCUCCUCAUGGUGGAACGACUACCACAGCUCCACGGUGUACACCGACGGAAAGGCACCUGACAAGAAUCAGCGGGACUUCUGCCUACUGUUGAGCAAGUUUCCCCUGGAGAACUUCGCGAGCCGCAAGUUCGCCGAUUCUCCGACGGGCCGGGGCUACCUGGAGGCCGACGUGAGCCCCGACCCGGCGGCGGCGGCGAUGAAGCGGAUCCGCGUGGCGACGACCCAGCUCGAGCGGCCCACGCCGCCGGCGCCCAUGCGCUUCGUGGAGCGCCGCGCGCAGGCCAAGCACGCCGUCGCGGCGCUGGGCAGCGCGGCGAACGUGGUGUUCGGCGGCGACAUGAGCUGGGCCGAGGACGCCGACGGGCCGUUCCCUCUCGCCGCGGGCUGGCUCGACGCGUGGACGGCGCUGAGGUCUGCUUCUUUGGCCCUCUUCUCCGACGACUGGACACACGACGCGGCCUGGAACGAGGAGCCCGCGGUGUUCCACGGCCACGUCGCCCGCCGCUGGUCCAUAAGGAAGCGGCCGGACCGGUUCCUGUGCAAGCUGAGAGAUUACAGGCUGAGCAGCAUCAAACUGAUCGGGGAUCACGACGUCGGGCCCAGCUAUUCCAGGUGUCUCGGGGAGGACACAUGGAGCUUCAUGGAUCUCCAGCCGAGUUGCCAUCGUGGCCUGGUUCUGACCAUCGUCCCCAAAUGA